AUGGAGUACGCAGAAAUGCCCAACAUCGCUACAUCGCUCCCCCAUUUCCGUGAAUCCUUUCCUUCACCCUCUUUCAACGUUCCCUCAGAAUACACACCAUCCAACACAUUUAUCGCACCUCUCUCGGCAUCAUCCCUUCAGGCCUACAACAACAUGAAUGCCUCAAUGAUGUCAACAAAGAGGAAAGUUCACGACUUUGACGUCCCCCUUCAGGACGAGUUCGAGACCAUCCACGACUCCAAACGUCUGAUGCUUGACAAUCCCAGGGUCGGUCUCCCGAUCUCAGGCACACGUCAACGUCAGGAAUCCGGCUGCUCCGUAUCCUCCACCUCGUCCUGGUCGUCCUCCGCUUCCUUUUCGACUGUCUGUUCUUCAGCGACCGUGCCUGAUCUGUUACCCUCGCCUCCAAGCCGAUCUGUGGCCUCGUCUCGCUCCCCUUCGCCCUCGGAAUCUGCGACAGAUGGGGAUGAGUACAACCCAUUGUGGCAUAUAUGCGAGGCUAUUGCACUGGCAGAGAAGCAGAAUGGCCCUCUGGCACAGGUCAAGAAGACCGCUGCUGCUGCUAAUGCUAAAUCGGGAUCAUAUUCUACGAUCACCCCCUUUACUCCCAGGACUAAGCGAGAGCGUGAUGAUAGCAUGUGUGGUCUCAAGAUCGUGUUCCUUGAACCCAACUGGCUGGCUGAGCACAUGGCCAAGUCGAAAAGGUUCGCUGCCCUCAAGAAGCAACAACAGCAACAGCAACAGCAGCAGCAACAAUACCAACAUCAAUAUCAACACCAAUAUCAACAACCCCGUUAUUGA